AUGGCGUACCGGAUAGGAGAAAGCUUCUUGAUACUGUCUUCAUCCGAUUCCUCGGACGAAUUAUCUGAACCCCAACCGGACAGGGUAAAUCGCGAGCCCCGUGGCUUGCCGAACAGAGCAAAUAGCACGCUCAAAAAGAAGAACCUUUUCAUUAACACUUCCUUUCCCAUAAACAAGCCAGAUAACCAAAAUAAUGCCGGGCAGCUUCUAAGAUCUGAGGUGGCUAAUGCUCUAGGCAUUGACGCGAGGUCUCUUCCUCAGCCGUUCCAUAGUUUGACACAGGAUUAUGAUGACUCUAGCUCUGUAUAUUCCGGUUCGAGUAACACUCAGCAGCUUCUAGAUAGAUCGAAGCUAGCGGGAAGAGAAGAUUCCGUGGGCUCAGUCUCGGACUAUUCACCCCUAGUUGAUACUGUCGAAUGGAGGAAGUCAAUGGGCGACUUGGUCGAAAAGCGCCUUAGUGCUGCUAUGACUAGCAUCCUCGGGAUUGAUGGUGGAUCGAUGCCUCUAGAUGAAUCGUUCCUAGAUCUUGGAGGCAACUGCCGAAAGGCUAGAGAGCUUCGAGCGGAGUGUAUGGACGUGGGUCUAGCUAUUAAGACCAGGGAUAUCAUGAACUGCAAGACUAUCGCCGAGCUUGAGACGCGUAUAACGCCGCUUGUCCCACAUAAACUUUCGGAGAGAACGAUCCAACCCACGACUGUUAGCCCACUCGAACCAGAGUCGCUAGAGAUCCAAUCGGACAGAUAUCAAUAUCAAAUACCAGACUAUUCUAAACCUCCAGCAAUCCCACCCAAGGCGGCGGCUAGAUACUCCCUCGUCCAACCACAUCUCAAACCUACAGUAUCCAGGAGACGUUAUGCUAGAGCUUCUGUGCUCAAAUCAAAGGCUGGCCCAUUCGAGGGCCGGCUCGUGGCAUUUGCCACCCUCACAAGCUGUGUGAGCCCUUAUUAUACCAUCAAGCUGCCAUCUAUUCGAAAAGUGGUUGAGUCUCAAGUACCGCCGAAAAAUAUGCCCUUAGACGAUUCCGGUAAUAUUAACCGGAGAAAGCUACAAACAUGGAUUCAAAACGCCAAUGACGAGGUAUACCAUCAAAUUUUGUCCAUCGACUCGAUGGCGAGUUUAAGACGGCCCGCAAGUGUAAUCGAAAGGCGCCUCCAGAAGACGGCAAGCAUGAAUAUGUCGUUCGCAAGCUUAGGUGGCGAUGAGAACGCCGCAACAAAGUUCGCAGCUAAAUGCGAAUCUCAGGGUAUUUGCCUCGAUACAGAAGAUAUCAUGCAAGCGACUUCAUUAACUCAACUUGCUGCCCUUGCAACGUCAAGUAAGUCGCAUUCGCAUAAUAUAGACGGCAUCCCGCGUUUAUAUUUUCAUACCUCGAUGGGUAGUGACGUUUACCAACGAGAAACUAGGAACAGCGAGUACAGGUUCAACCAGAGCAUAUUAUUUCGACUGAAGCGAGCUAUAAGCAUUGAGGACGUGACGGCGGCGGUAGAGGCUGUGGUCGGUCAUCAUUCUAUGCUUAGAUGUCGGUUUCGACAAUCGGAUAUCUCAUCUUCAUAUCAUUUUGCACACCAUACAGUUACGACGGAUGCCGAAACGAUCGAUAUCGAGACAGGUCCUGUCUUUGCUGCCCACCAUUUCCACACCCGCUACGGUCGCCAGAUGCUCUAUAUGGUUGCUCACCAUCUUGUCGUCGAUUCAAAUUCGUGGCGCGUCAUAGCAGAUGACUUGGAAGGGUUACUCACCAAGGGAGAAUGGACGCUUCACCAUAGACAUCGCAUACGGGAAAUGGAACUCCCUUUCGACGCGCCGGUGGGAAACUAUAAAUACUGGGGAAUUGAUCCUGCCUUUAACACUGCAGAUGUCACCUCAGCUCUUGAAGCUAGCUGUCGAGCGCUUCAGGCGAGUUCCGGUUUCCACGACCGCCCACUACCGACUCUUUGGAAGCAAGUAAAUGAGAGGUCCGUAUUCGGAACGGGGCGAAAUGUAUCAGAGACUGUGGGAUGGUUCACCUCGCUCUGCCCGGUGGCUAUCGACGCUUCUCCAGGUUCAGAACAUGCUACCACUGACAAAGGCGCCUUGAAGUUUACAAAGAAUCUAAUAGAUAGUGCCUCUGCUCUUUCAUUUGUUUCCUCCUACUGCCCUCUCGAGCUCAUUCAAGACACCGUAUUAGAACAACUUCCUACGUUAGGUAGGAUGCUGGCUCCAAGUAUGUUAGAUAUCGGGAGCGAUAUCGGACGUCUCGCCGUAUUCGAGGUUUCAAUAUCAGUCGAGGGAGGUGAAACUAAUGUCAACGUUCUUUAUCAUAAAAGUUCCGCACAUCAAGAGAAGAUACAUAGUUGGAUUUAUGGUUACGAGAAGAUGCUCCGCCAAGCUGCAGAAGGGCUACAGCAUGAAAAUUCCGGGCUAUCUUCAUCUGACGUUCUUCACAUAAACGUGACUGAUGAGGAGCUUAACCGACUAAAUACGACAAUCCUACCACGUCUCAAUCUAAACAUUUCCAAGAUCGAGGCUAUUUAUCCCGCAACAGAAAUUCAGCAGGAUAUUAUUAUAAAUCAGGCCUUGGUGCCGGGGAGUUCUAAGGCGUUGAUGAUUUGCGACCUCGCGACGUCUGAUCGGCCUGUUGACAUUUCGCGCAUCUGUGCUGCUUGGCUUCAAGUAACAUCAAAACACUCUGCUCUAAGAACUAUAGUUUUAAGAUCUCAUUCGCCUACCAUGCUUUUCCUUGAAAGCGACAACAUCGAGGAUGCAAUGGCAUCUAUUGACAACCUACCCCCUUUAUCAUUAAAUGAAGGUAUUCCCUGGCAUAGGCUCAUUGUAUGUCAAGUAGCUGGAAAGACUUUCGUAAAGUUAGAAGCGAGCCAAGCAGUAUGCGACGUUGCCAGCAUGGCCAUUCUCUUCAAAGAAAUCGAGCAAGCCUACUUCCAUGACCCAAUCCCAUCUGGGCCCGAAGCAUCCUAUCCUCGAUAUGUGCAAUACUUGAAGACAGCUUCUUCCAGUAUUGACUUUUGGAAGGAGUAUUUAGGGGGUGUUCAGCCGUGCUCGUUUCCCAUACUUGUAUCACAGCCUCAUAUCCUAAGCGAGUGGGAGACUACGUCUAUUGGUCUUGACAUUCCAUGCGAGAGGCUAAAAGCUCUCGCUAACGAGUACAACAUAGACAUCUCUGCCAUACUUACAGUUGCCUGGGGUUUACUGUUACGAAAUUAUACCGGGAAAGACAGUGUUUGUUUCGGGUAUCGCAUUGCCGGUAGAGAUUUCCACGUCGAGAACUUGAGAAAUACUGUUGGUUCAUUUUCAACUGUUUUGGCAUCCAAGCUCGAAAUUCGCACUGAAGAGUUCGUCACACAGCUAUUGCUAAACGCGGAAAAGCAUCGUAUACAAGCACUUAAUCACCAGAGCGUACCCGUAAAUAGGGUUGAGCAUGAACUACAGAUCAGAGGUGGCCGCUUAUUCAAUACCUACCUUUCGUUCGGAUAUGAAUACAUCUCACAUGGGACCUCUACAAGUUCGAAACGUCAACACAUCAGGACCGAGCAAGCCUCAGAGUACGAUGUCGGUGUUGAUGUAUACUUCCACGAUGGGAAUAUCACAGUCGACAUUGGAUACCGCAUACUCAACUCCGAUCAAGCAAUCACCGUAGCAUGUGCCUUUGGAAGGGCUAUUGAAGCCAUCCUGGACUCACCAACUAGUAUGGUUCAGGAGGUAGACCUGUUCAGUAUGCGCGAUCAUGAGCAAAUCCUAUCAUGGAAUAGCAUGCCUCAAGCCGACAUACCUAAGGGGCAUGUGCACGACUUAGUUGCGCACCAAGCUUCGUUAAAUCCUGAAAUUCAAGCCAUCUGUGCGUGGGAUGGGAACUUGUCUUAUGGCGAUCUACAUGAUUUCUCCAUAGUCCUUGCUAAACAUCUCUUAGCUUCUGGGCUGAAGCCGCAGAUACCCGUACCAGUGGUGAUGGACAAGAGUCGCUGGGCUGUGGUGGCCAUGCUAGCGGUACUACACGCUGGCGCAAUCUUGGUACCUAUUGACGUCGGGAUCCCCUCGAUCAUUCCUUGUGCUCGGAGGCAUGUCGAUGCUAUUUCAGCGCAAGCUGUUGAUAUGGAACUUCUUCAUCUUGCGCCCUAUGAAAUAGCGUGCAUUCUCUUCAGCGCCGGCCACGGGUCCCUAGCAGCUGCUUGUGUCGGGCAGGGUUCUACGCUACUGAUCAACCCAUCCAGUAGGGUCAUGCAGCUUUCUUCGUAUAACGCCGAUAUUGCGCUUUCUGAAAUAUUCACCACCUUGAGGAUUACGGACUUCUCCAGAGCUGCCAGGAGCAUGCAUGUUAACUGGACAUAUUUGACACCGACGUUGUCAAGGAAAUUAGAUCCAGAAAGCCUACCGGACCUUUCCAUCGUCUGCAUUCGUGCACAGCACCUCGACGAUGAUGUCUAUACGCCGUGGAUCGGCAAGGCUAAGGUAUUGAUGGCGUAUGGUUCUCCUGAAGCUGGUCCCCUUGCACUUUCUGCCACCGAAGUGACCGAUUCCAAGGCUUCGCAAUGCUUCGUGAGCCCCGAAGAUAGUAACCGGCUCAUGCCAGUAGGCGCCCUUGGCGAGCUGAUAAUAGGGGGGCCGACACUUGCUACCGGGUUGGAUAUCCACGAACCUGAUAUCAAGGCCUGGGUUGAAAAGAGUGCAGUUUUUCCAAUGUCGCUACUAGAAAAAUCUGGGAGUCGCCUACUCAAGACUGGAGAUUACGCCCGAUAUCUGGAAGAUGGUAGGAUUGAGUUCGCCCCAGACGAUGGCGGAGACGCGGAAAUUGACGGUAAAAGAUUCCGUCGGGGUAUCGAUGUAGUGGUUGAAAUGGUUGCCUUCAACGACCCUCACUCGGACCCGAUCCUAGCUGCAUUUGUCGAUUUCGGAGAGAAUGCGCUGAAAAGGGGCGAAGGCUUGUCGAACCUCAGUCGCGCUACAAAGGAGAGAUUAUACCUUUCUAAGAAGAUGGGGAACAUGGCGCUCCGAGAGACUCUGCCGAGUUAUAUGGUGCCCUCGGCGUAUAUACCUGUUAAGCAACUUCAACGAAUGAUUGCAGGUUCAUCCAGGAAGCAACUUCUCGGGAUAUCAGAAGUCUCAAACCCUCAAGAGCUCCAGGAUACAAGCUUCAAACCUCUCCCCCUAACCGAAGUUGAGCGCCGAAUGCGGGUUAUAUGGGCUCAAGUACUCGGUGUCGAAGAAGGUUCAAUUACAGCUAGCGAUGGAUUUUUGACCCUAGGUGAGUGCAAACAGCGUCGAGUUGGUAUUUCUAUUAUCGAUAUCCUUCGAAACAUCUCCCUGGCUGAAAUAUGUAGGGGAGGUGUUACUAUAGAGAUAUAUCCCACAGCCAUUCAAGAGGUUUUUGAACCGACGCAAUCAAACCACCCAAAUUCUCCUACCAGCAAGGCAAUUGUGUUACGGCUUGGAAUUGACAGCAGCUUGAUUGAGGAUGCAACCGAGACGUCAUCGUUACAAGCAAUGUUCAUUGAGUCCGGGAUGCUACAGACUCGUGGCAAUGUUGAUUACUUGGAGAUUAGCAUCACUGGAUCUCUAGACUGGCAUAAACUUCAAGAUGCGUGCUUUAUGUUAACCGACGCUCAUCCUAUACUCAGAACCGCAUUUGCCAACCAUAGUCGUCAACUCUACCAGGCCGUCUAUCGGUCGCAUCGUCCGGAGUUUCUAAGAUACCAGUGCCAGAGCUGGAGACUCAGCAACCUGACCACGAAGCUCAUCAAGAGGGAGCAAGCACAGCUUGUUGAUUUCAGCCAGCCUGUCACCAAGUUUCUCUACUUCGACGCUGGGAAGAGCUCUGUCCUCGUUAUACGACUCUCUAGAGCUCAGUAUGAUGAACUUUCCUUACCUAUGCUUGUUCGAGACUUGACUCAGUUUUAUAAUCACAGCGAUCGGCCUGCCCGACGUCCUGGUUUCUGCGAAGUAGCCAGAGCCUCUCAUCGCGCGCACUCAAAUAGUACAAGCGGAUACUGGCGUACUCUACUCGAAGGCGCAACAGUGACGCAAAUAAUAUCACAGCCCUCGCCUGCGAAAGUCAACUUAAAUCACACGACUCUUCAUCGACAAAUCCCUACUAGGUCACUACAUAGCUUAGGUAUAUCAUUCGAGACAAUCCUUAAGGGUGCCUGGUCAGUUGUCCUUUCGAACUUGUCCGCCACCGAUGACGUCGUCUUCGGGCAGCUCGUGGACGGGAGGAACCUCAGCCUUCCGAGUAAACAAAGCAUCUCGGAUGUUGUCGGUCCUUUAGGUAAUAUUCUACCUGUUCGAACACGAUUACCAGAUAUUCCAAUCACACCGUAUGAAUAUUUCCGGUGUGUUCAAAGUCAGCAUGUUGCUAGCAUAUCACAAAACAUGCAAAUCUCCGAUAUUAUGCAAAAAGCUACUUCCUGGCCAUCUUGGACUCGCUUCAGCACCGUCAUCUACCAUAAAAACCAAAGCAAGGAUACUGGGAUACUUGAAUUUGCUGUUGGGAACGCUACGUGUAAACUAAAUUACACAGAGAUAAACUACCCGCCAUCAGACGUCUUUGUCAAAUCAUGCAUGUCAGGGCCUACUAACGUCGAUAUAUCCCUUACUUUCAGCGAGAAGAUAACCCUCUCCUUCGCAGAUGAGGUUUUGGGUAUGCUUUGUUCGGUCAUCUCUCUUCUCACCUCUACCUUCGUGAUGGAGCCACUAUAUUUGAAAGGCCUCGGCGACAAUCACUCAACGUCAAGGAUUCCCCUCCCAGCACAUAAACGAGAGCCUAGUAUACCUCUGACUGUCGAGUCUGUCGAGCCCGAUCUUGCUCGGGCUGUGCACACCAUCAUAUCAUCUGCGUGGGACGCUAUUCUUGAGGCCUAUUCACUCAAGGUUCCUGAUAUACGCUCAGUUCCCUUCUACGAGAUUUGGGGCUCACUGGUUCCCGCUUCUGAGCUCGCCAAGUACUAUACCGAUAACAUGCCCUCUGCUCUUGGUGUCGAACGGACCACUUUCACGGCAGAAGAGAUCAUUGAUCACCCGACGAUGAUGCAACAAUACGAACUAAUCAUUGCGAAGCAUCGAGCACCGCAUCCCAGACGCAACAGGAAUACCAUGUUAAUUCGCACACAGUCGGUUUGGGGCAGAAGUAUACGCAGGCUGCCUCGCGUCAGCGUCGCGCCAAGCGCUUCUGCUCCAAGGAGUAACCAUAGACCAAUGGGUAGUAGCACUUCCAUGGAGUCCAUGACGACGGGGAGUAGCCUGAGUGAUGAUGACGAGGUAAGGGAGCAUGAGAUUGCUCUAAGCUGCAGCGCCCGCGAGGCAAGGAGAACUGUCCUAGAGGGGAAGCACUCCAAAGCAACGAAGAAAGGACCCUCGCUCCUUGGAAAAAUGCUACCUAAAAUCUCAGGCUAA